UUAGUCUUGUUGCUUUAACAAGUUUUGCUUUCAGCAUUCUCUGCUACUCGCGCUCUCAAACGGUCGACGAAUUUCUCUUUGCAAACAGUGAAUAUGGGGCAGAAAUUUGGUAAAGGAGUUGUGCAUCGGAGCGGUGUGUCCGAACAAUGUACACCAUCGACCGAUUGGGAAAGAGAUGAGGGUGAAUUAUUUUGGACGUGGAGAGCUAUUCCACCGAGUGCAAGUCAUGUUAGAAAUAAUUCGCCUGCGAAUCGUGCAAGUGCAGAAAAUGAUUUAUUUUGGUCUUUGGGAUCAAACAAAGAUCAAGAUGAGAGUUGUGAAGCAGAAGACAAGGAAGUCGACUUAUUCUGGACGUGGAGAACGACUCUGGAUGAGGAGAGACCUCCUGUUACUGAUGUAACGUUGGUCUCUGUCUCUGUGGCAGCCGAAGAUGAGAUGUCCGGACAGGGUUUCGUUCCAGAGAUCCUGGAAAAUCCGGAAACUCUCGACGGUGGCCCGGAGAUCCUCACCAGUCAGGAUCCACUCCCAGAUAUGGAGAAUCCAGUCUUUUCUGACUCUCAAAUGCAAUUUGGGUUGGAUCUGAACAGCGGUGAUGUUCAAAAUCCAGGCCCAAAUGAGGCAGACGGGGGUGCAGAAAUCCAGCAAUCUCAAUCAGUCGGUCAGUCUGAAGAGAAGCUGGAAGAUGAGGAGAUCUCUGGUGUGAUCUUUCAGGAGAUCAACUCCAGCAUGUAUAAGGUCGGUGAACUGCUGGCGGUAGACAGUUCAGUAUCUGUCUAUGAAGGAACCCGUGUGCAGGAUGACUUGAAGGUGCUAGUGAAAUACAUUAACACCAUGGAGCGGGUGGAUUAUAUCUUCAUCCCGGGUUAUCCUGCACCCCUUCCCCGUCAGGUGGGUCUUCACCUACUUGCCUGUCAGGGAGACGUCGUUCAUGAGAUUCUGCAGCUCGUGGACUGGCAGGAGUUUCCCGACCGCCUGGUCAUGGUGCUGGAGCGCCCUUCUCCUUGUGAGGGUUUAGACGAGUUUCUCGCCAGUAAAGGGGGAGAGCUUGAUGAGCUGUCAGCCAAGGAGAUCAUGUGGCAGGCAACCUGGGCUGCCCACAUGUGCUGCAAGCGGGGUGUUUUCCAUCGGGAUAUCAAGCUGAAGAACUUCUUCAUAAAAGCAGACACCCUGGACCUCAAGCUUGACAACUUUGGGUGCGGAGAGCUGCUUCAUAAGUCUGCCUACAAGACUUUUACAGGAACGAGAGAUUAUUUCUGCCCUGAGUUCUUCCGAACGGGCGAAUACUAUGGAAAGCCGGCGACGGUGUACUCGCUCGGGGUGCUGUUGUUUGCAAUGUUGCGCGGGAAAUUCCCCGACUGCAAUGACAGGAACUCGAUCUGGUCUAAAGACGACUUGACUGAAGAAUGCUGCAGUUUGUUGGAAGACUGUCUCCAGGAGGAUCCAGAUAGACGUAUUCGUCUGAAAAAUAUCUUCAAACACAAGUGGUUCCAGGUCAAAGAUCCUGUUGACGGCCUCCAGACUCCCGUCCGCUCUGAAAACGAGGAUCUCAUUCUGUAUCGAGAAUGGAUGUCUAAAGUGGAGUUGGAGGAAAACAAUCCCGGUGUUGACGUUCAGGAAAUAAAUCGGAACCAGUAUGAAAUCGGCAAAAUGCUGGGGGAAGGCGGCUUUGGAAAAGUCUAUGAGGGAACCCGUGUGCAGGAUGGCUUGAAGGUGGCAGUGAAAAUUGUCUGGAAGAACGAAUAUGUAAUCAAUGAUUACAUCGACAUCCCGGGUUAUCCUGUACUCCUUCCUCGAGAGGUUGGUCUUCAAAUGCUGGCCUGUGAGGGAACAUAUGUUCCUUCGAUCAUCCAGUUACUGGACUGGGAGGACCGUCUGGACCACUACGUCAUGGUCCUGGAGCGCCCUUCUCCCUGUGAGGAUGUGUUGAGUUUCAUGAACCACUCAGGAGGCAAACUCGACGAGAAUACGGCGCAGGUUAUCUUGGGGCAAGCGACAGAAGCUGCUGAAAUCUGCUGCAUGCGGGGGGUCUUCCAUCGAGACAUAAAAGUGGAAAACAUCCUCAUUAACCCGAACACGAUGGAGGUCAAGCUGAUCGACUUCGGAUGUGGCGCUCUGUUUAAAAACUCGGCUUACACAGAUUUUAUGGGCACAGACGUCUACUUAUGCCCUGAGUUCUUCCUAACGGGCGAGUACUAUGCAAAGCCAGCGACAGUGUACUCGCUCGGGGUGCUGUUAUUUGUCAUGCUCUGCGGAAAAUUCCCUCGCUUUGAUGACCUGGACCAGAUCAAUGAGAGGAGGUGGUGCAAAGAAGGCUUGACUAUAGAAUGCUGCCGGUUGGUUGAGGAUUGUCUGCAAAGGAAUCCAGAAAAGCGGAUCCAGCUGGAAGAGAUCUUUGAGCACAAGUGGUUUAAGAUCAGCGAGCCUUAGGAAUGUAAUGAAUGGAACGUCAGGUGUUAGGACCAAUAGGGGUGUAUUCAUGACCUACAAAGUAUGUCAUGCGGCACACCGUUAAGUUGGUAAGUUGCCUGAUAACCUCAACUUGUGGUUCCAAUGUAAAUAACCAUAGCAACUUCUGCUCCAGAGCAGGGCUCAAGAAAAUGAAUCUAUCACGCAAAAAACCUACGACUACUUUGAAUAAGUAGGUUUUGCAUUGAAGCUAGACACGUAACGCUUGACAUAUCAAGCGAUCUCUAAAAAAAAGUAAUAAUGGUGCAACAUAAAAAUAUUUUUAUUCACAUAAGAUAGAACUGCUUUUUUAUCUAGUCUGCGCAAAUCCAGCGUCAGGCUUUGCCUUGUUCACAAAGGAAUCCGUGGUGAAAUGAAGCCAGCAAACACUCAGUUUACCCACGUGAAAACAACGUUUUCAUAUCUCAAGUAAUUUCAAUACUUUACUACUGUAUACGUGCAGUACAGAAGCGUUUUGGCUCCAGUUAAAGAGGGUUAGAGUUGGGUCAGAGCCGAUGGUGGAGCGGUUCGUGUUCUGACAUAUGGCGCCGGUGCGUCCCGGGCGACCCGAGUUAGAAUCCCGGCUCGUGGUCCUUUCCCGACCCCACCCCCUCUCUCAGCCACUUCGCUUCAUGUCCUCUCCAAAAAUUACUGUCUGUCCAAUAAAGGCAAAAAUAUAAUUUAUUG